AUGUAUCGAGAAACGCCUCACAUUCUAGCCGCAUUGUGCUGACGCACGCUGAUCCGUUCAUUGCAUCUCGCAACCACUGAACGUACCCCGCAUUGCCGAUUACCUGACCCCGCCGCUGUACUACGGCGUGCUUGCCGUCCCUACCUAUCUACCCAAAGCAGAAGCAACCCGCGAGUCAGCACCUGCCUGUUCGUCUUUUCGUUCCUGCGUGACAACUAGUUCUCACUUUGCCACCCUUGCGUUUCAGGAACUCCUACACAAGAUGAGCGGAAUACCCGUCGUCGACUUCGGCGCGUUCCUGCACGGUGAAGCGGAAGGCCGGGAGAAAAUCGCCAAGGAGAUCGACAAUGCUUUUCGCAGUGUGGGCUUUGUCUAUCUGAAAAAUCAUGGUGUGAGGAAGGAGCUGGUAGAGGAGUGUUUUAUUUGGUCGAGGAAGUUCUUCGAUCUACCGCUUGAGACCAAGAUGCUGGCUCCGCAUCCGCCGGGUGGCAGUCAUCAUCGUGGAUACUCCGCUCCGGGCGUGGAGAAGGUUAGUCAGGGCGUUUAUGAUAUUAACGAACUGAACAAGCUGAGGGAGACGCCUGAUUACAAAGAGUCGUUCGAGUCUGGCAACGUGAAAGAUGAGACUCAGCCAAACAUCUGGCUUCCAGAAGAUAAGCUUCCAGGGUUUCGUGGAUUCAUGGAAAAAUACUUCGUCGAGUGCGCCAGUCUAAUUCACAGCAUCCUCGACGCUCUCUCCCUCACCCUGAACGUCCCAACACCAGGUCUCUCUCCUACCCACUCGCAGUCGCUCUUCCAACUCCGGCUUCUGCACUAUCCUUCUAUCAACGCCGAACAGCUACGCAACAAUGAGCGUAGCAGGAUCAACGCGCAUUCCGACUUUGGCACGCUCACUUUGCUGUUCCAGGAUAACGUUGGGGGACUUGAAGUACAGGAACCUGCUAACCCAGGUACUUUCCGUGCUGCGGAGCCCAUCGAAGACACCGUGUUGGUCAAUAUCGGAGAUCUCAUGGCAAGAUGGAGUAACGAUCGCUGGACAAGUAGUGUGCAUCGUGUUGGGCUACCCCUGGCUCUUCAAAAGGUCACUGAAGAUGGCAAGCAGAACGACAGGGAGAUAUUAGUACCAGAUCGCUACUCAAUCCCCGUAUUCGCGACACCAAAUAUGGAUACAGUUAUUGAUGCAAUGCCGAGUUGUUGGGAUGAAGAGAAGCCGAAGAAGUACGAGCCUGUAACCGCAUGGGGGUACGUGCAGAUGCGGAUGGCUGCGUUGUAUGAGUCGUGAAGGACGUUGGAUGAUCGCUUCCUUUUGUGGGAGAUAUGCGUCUUGGUAAACCCUUCUCCAAAGCGACCUGUCGCAUGGUGACACGCCGCAUGCGGGCCCUUUCACGCGAAUGUCAUACAGAAUCAGGCAGCAGAGCCGAGUUUCUCACAUCUACAAUGUUUACGGUUCUGACUAGGCGGCACAGUACGACUACGUA